GCAAUAUACUCCCGCCAAUUCCAAGGAGGAGCGCGAGGCAGGCAGCGGGCAAGUCGCGGAGGUACUGUGCUGGAGACGAAAGUUAUGCUAGUCCAGUGGACACAAAUUAGUGAUACAUGUCGGUUAUUUAGUGACAGAGGGUAAAAUUCCCCCUUUGACCGGGGCUGUUUACGUGCCGGCACACCGACACUUCAUCCAACGGAGAGCCCCCCCCCAGCUUAGUGGUUCAAGGAUGUUGACGGCGGAGGCACCAUCAGCCGAGGGGCACUUGGCAGCUUCCACUCCCCGUAAACGAGGUAUGGAUUGUAAACCAAAUAACGCCAACAAGAAACUUGUCCAAGCUUGCCUCCCUUUCAAGCGCCUGAACCAGGAACCAAAUGAAAACAAGCCAUCACCGAAGCGCCCCCGUGCACGUGUUUGCCCUGAAUCGGGAGUCUCUGACAGGGAGAAUGACAGCGAGUCCUCUCUGCUCACCUUGCUCAGUCGACCACCCUUGGUCAAUGGUCGCGGGCCCCUCGAUUGCUUCCUCAGCAAAAGGCGCACUUCAACCUCAGAUGAGAACGUUAUAGAUCUGACCGACGAUGGGCCAUCUCCGAUCAAGUGUCAAGAUCCUUUCCACACCCCUGGCCGCACGUUAAAAGACAGACGAUACAGUGACACAAGCUUGUCAUGUGGGAACUCCAGGUGCAUGGAUCGCGGUGCUGACUCGCACACGUCAGAUUGCACAGAAAUCCCAGAAAAUAAAGAUGACGAGGUGGUGGUGGCUGAGGUGGUACAGGUGGAUGGGAUCUUACCGCUUGAUACGACACAGGAGACCGACAGCGAGCCAGAUGAGCAGAAUGUGUCGGGGAAUGUGUCCAGUGUUGGCAACAAGUCAACGCAAUCAAAUUUGUCGGGCAGUUCCAUUCAUGAGAGCUCGCCAGAGAGGACUAAAAUGGAUGAGCACACGCCCGCCACCACGCCUACGACAGAGCUAACAACCACUCCUAAAAUCCCUAAAAGACGCUCUUUAAAGAGCCUUCAAGAGCAAGAAGAGAGGCUACGCCUACGCCAGGAGAAGGCGCGGCAAAAGGAAGAGGCCAAGGCGGCCAAGGAGAAAAAGAGGGAAGAGAGCCGCAAGCUUAAAGAGGAGCGGGAAAAGGAAAAGCGAGAGAAGAGGGAAAAAGAUGAGCGAGAGAAGCGGGAGAAAAAGGAGAAGGAGGAGCGGGAAAAGGCAGAGAAGCAAAAAGCAAAGGAAGAGCAGCGCAAAUCCAAGCUGGAGGCCAAGCUUGAGGAGAAACGUAAGAAAGAAGAAGAGAAGCGGAUAAAGGAAGAAGAGAAGCGGGUGAAAGAAGAGAAAGAUCGUCUCAAAGCAGAGAAAGCGGAGAUCACAAGGUUUUUCCAGAAACCCAAAAUCCAGCAGGCUCCAAAGACUCUCGCAGUGGCUUGUGGGAAGUUUGCGCCGUUCGAGAUCAAGGACAACAUGUGCAUGGCGCCGUUGUGCCGGGUACAGUGCGAGGAGUCUACCCUGGAGGAACUGGACCGUUGUUUGUCACGCCCCAGUAACUGCCCGUGUUCACUCAAGGACUGGAUCGGCCAGAAACCUCGAUGCUCCGGUGCCACCAGACCCACAGUGAUGAACCCUGAUAGUGAUUGUAUAGCCAUGGAUGGGCCCAAAGCAGAAGGUGUACCCGAUCGCAAACUGUACGGGCCUAUGAAACUGCUGCUGUUUCAUGAGAACCACCGUCCAGCCUACUGGGGCACUUGGAGGAAGACGAGUUUGCACAUCUCACCGCGCUGCCCCCUUCGAAAAGACAUUGAUUUGUUGGACUAUGAGGUGGACAGUGAUGAAGAAUGGGAGGAAGAGGAACCCGGGGAGUCCCUCUCACACAGUGAAGGGGAGGAUGAGGACGAGGGAGGGGAGGACGAUGACGACAAUGACGGGUUCUUCGUUCCUCAUGGCUAUCUUUCGGAGGAUGAGGGGGCACUCGAGGAAGCGGAUGGCGGUGACCUGGAAAGGCAGAAACUGCAGCAGAGGCUGAAAGCCAGGGAGUGGGAAGAACUGAUGUCGACUAAGAACAAGAUGAAAGUGUUGCAGCCGGUAGUGAGGGGCUGCCUCUGGGAGGGUGACGGGCCAGUCUCAGAUCUUCUGCAGUCAUAUGCUGCGUGCCUCAUCGAACCAUUACCUAAGGCUGACAUGAGCCCCAGCCCAGAGGAGCAGACGGAGAAGUGCACCAGAGAAGCACAGUUGCUUGGUCAGCUGCUGCCACUGCUUCACGGCAACCUGAACAGCAGCAAAGUGAUCAUCACGGAAUUUCAGGAAUUUUACCGGCGGAAAACGACAUCCUCCACACCACCACCUCAACUCUCCAGCCCGGAGAGCUCGGCCUAUGUGCCCACUCGAAAACACUUGAAGCAUUUAAUCCAGAACAAUGCAGUUUAUGAGAAGCGCUCCACCUACCGACGCUGCUGCUGGUACGCACAUGCGGAUGUCCUGUCCCGCUUUGGCCUGGAGGCUCUCCCGGUGCCCGGCCAGUGGUCCUACUUGACCAGCGGUGCGCGGGAGGAGUCCCGCGAGGAGGCAGCCACGGGCUCAGAGGGCAACUCUCCCUCCACGCCGCAGAUUCCUUCCGCCACGUCGGCGGCCUCUAAGAGGAAAAACACCGGCAGCAUGUCCAUCACUAAAUUCAUGAAGCGAUAUAACGACAGGGAACAGACAGAAGAAAUGGAGGCUGACGGUUUUCAAGCGGACACCGAGGAGGAUGACGACGAGUGCAUCAUCGUCUCCAUGCAAACUGGCACAGCCAGCGAAAAAUCCUCCACCGAAGGAAGCAGCAUCAUGGAAGACACCCCGUCCAAUAUGGCCGCUCUCCCAGUGGCCAGCGCUGCUCCAACCCUUGCCACAGCCUAAGUAGAAGGCGGGGCGUUUCUCGUCUUCCUUUGCUCUGGCCUUCUUUGUCCUCAAUUCACUCCCCAUGGGUGUGGCGAGGGAGAUGAAGUGUUGCAUUCUGCUCAUGUUGGCAUUGACCUACCGCCAAGUGCCAGGAAGCUACCUUCAAAGGUGUCUCGGGCAUGGUGUUUUGGGUUUGGUGUGUUUUCGGACAGUUAUGGCGCAUCCCUUGUGACAAGAAGUGUCCAAAAUACAAAAACAAAACAGCAUUAUUUACGUUUUACAAAAUUCGGUUCCAAUGUUAUUGUAAAUAGGCUACCAGAGGUUGAAGUCAGAUUAAAGGUUACUCCUUUUCUUUACUGUUGUGCCAUUUACCCCGAUUAUUUUCUAACCCUCACAGCUCACUGGAAUAGCUGCUAGAGUUGUACAGUUUGAUCCAGCGGAGAAAUGUUUUAUAUAAAUAUGCAUUGUUUUGCAAGCAUACUUGAACAAGGAAAAAACAUCAUUAAACCAAGAAUGAAAUGGCUGCA